AAGGGUGGCUGGAAUCCCCUUUGGCACAGGAUCGGCUCCCCGGAUUUUCAGGGGCUCGCAUUGCCUUCCCAAAUUUUCUUAAGCUGGAUCCCGGGUUCCAGCUGUGGCCAAAAGCUCCGUGGGGAUGGCUACUCUGCGAUUCUCCCACUCCCAAUCUCGGGCUUCCCGGGGGAAGGCUUGGAUACCCGGCUUGCCCUCCCCGCUUGCAGGGGCUGCGUGGCGCUCAAGGCUGGAGGAUUGGCACGAUCGACAAGAAAAGGAUCCGCAGAGCCUGCCGCAAGCUGCACGCGACGGGAUCCGGGUCCUGGGAAGGAAGGAAGGAAGGAAGGAGGGAGGGAGGGAAGGAAGGAAGGAGGGGGCGCCGCAGGUCGAGCUUCCCGGUGGGGACCGAUGGAUCGCACCCCCUUCCAAGCCGCCACCCACCCCCCUCCUCCGAUGAGGCCGUCGAAAGCCGAGGAUCUGCAGCGCUGGAACGAGCGACCUCCGCGGAGGCGGGACUGCUUCGGCGCGGGAGCGCCUUCCAGCGGACUCGCAGCCUCUCGGGCAUCGUGGGGGCUUUGGAGCGACUUUAAGGGGGCGAGACCCAUCGCUCCCCUCUCCCCUAAUCCGUUUUGCUCCGUCCUUUUAUUUUCGGGGGGGGGGAGAUCGGUUUUAGGAAGGAGGGGAAGGAGAGGUGACUCCUCCGGCGCCCGGACCGCUCCGCCUUUCGCCAGCCCAGACGCCGUUUGAAGGCCCCGGGCACCGGACGAACGACGGCUCCUUCCUCGAUGCUCCCGGCGGCUCCGGCACGCCCCUCGCCCGGCCAUGGGCUCGUGCGCCACCAAAGAAUUCCUCACGAGGGCCCACAAGGAGGGAGGCACUGUCCCUCUGCCAGACCAGGAAGGCAACAAUCCACCUGUCGCCCCCCCAAAAGAAAGCAGCUGUGAGAAGUCCUCGCGGGGCUCCGGCGGGGCUACCUUGGCGGCCUACGACGUGACAGCCCUUGCUACCUCUUCCCUGCUGGGCCUCAUCCAGAGCUUGAAGGACCACAUCACCAAGCCCACCGCCAUGGCCCAAGGACGCGUGGCCCACCUCAUCGAGUGGAAGGGCUGGAGUGCUCCCCCCGUGGGCUGGGAGCAGCCCCCUACGGAAGAGGUGCUCUACGAGGAGCUGACCGACGAGCUGAAGGAGGCUCGGUUUGCGGCAGGUGUGGCUGAGCAGUUUGCCAUCGCGGAAGCCACUUUGAGUGGUUGGUCUUCCCUGAACGAAGAGGAGCUGAGCAACAGGCGAGGCUCGCAGGACGUGAUCCAGCUGCCAGAUCUGGAAGGCAUCUAUCUGCAGGACGGCCUUCUCCUUUGCCCGCCGGCUCCGGCAGGCGGCCUCCAGACCUUCGCGCUCUCCAACCAGGGAUCCCCCAUCCCAAGCAGACCCUUGAAAGCGAACGAGUGGAGCAGGGCCAAAGGCGGCUUGGGAAUGGCCGAAGGGAACCCGCCCAACGCCCGUAGAUGGCAGCAGAGUGCCACAUCCCUGCGCUACGUGGACAGCAGCUCUCCCUCCGAGGAUGAGGUCUUCUACGACUAGGGUGGCGAGGCUGGCAGCAACGGCGGUGGCAUUAGUAGCUCCAGGAGGGACGGGAUUGCGUGGGCCGAUGGGGGUGUGUGUGUCUUGCUCCAGAGACUGAGAGGCCUCUUCGUAAGCCCAGCCCACCCUUUGCCUGGCGGCCUGAAGAGCUGGGUUCAAGAAAUGUAUUACGGUCCCAGAGCCGUUUUGGUUGCAGGAGGAUAUGCUUUUUCGACGCAGCCCGUCAGAGCCUGAUCCAUGAUUAGCACUUUCGGCAUCAAGACGGACCCUGCGCUGCCGGCCAGGCGGUGGGGGAGGCCCGGUGGAGGAUGGACUUGGAGCAGGGGUCGGUAUCCGGGUGGAAAUUCGGGACGAGGCUCCCUUCAGGGUUUCCUGCCUGAAGCCUCCUGUCCCUUCGAGUGCUUGCUAAUGUUCACAGAGCAAUGUCAAAUCCUUCCAUACGGACUAAAGGAUGGCUGGCCGAGGAAGGUUGUACUGAAGGUGUAAAUAAAAACAGGUGCCGCAGAAAAA